AUUCCAAGAAUUACUAGUGUCCCUGAACGCAGCAACAUCCAGCGCAUCGCCCCAGUGACGUCCCCGCACGCUUUCGGAUGCCGUUACGUUCUAAACAUCACCAGCACGCCUCUUUGCCCGUUCUCCUUCUCCCGUGUGCUUUCAGGGCGUUGUCAAAGCUGGGGGUCUGCGGCGGUGACAUGCAGCGGAACGCGGUGGUCGUGGUGGCGGAUAAAACGAGCCUGAAGAGGCCGUUCAUAUUCGCCUGCGCUGUCAACAUGGCUCUGUGCUUCUUCAUGCUGAUCAUGACGGCGGUGGGCCACCGGGACCUCCUGGAAGCGGGUCAGCUGGUGUCCAACGUGUCCGUGGUGAUUUUAUACAUCCUGGAGAUUGCCUGCCUGCUGCUGUCCGUGCUCGGCGUAUUCGGAGCCUGCACAGGGAGGAGGUGGUGUUUGAUUCUGUUUGCAGCCGGGAUGGCAGCAGCCAGUCAAACGAUCAUCGUCAAAACAGCGUUAAGCUACCAGGACAUUUAUGAGAAAGGGGUAGCGAGAGAGGAGUCCAAGUUGCUGUCCAUGAUGCCUCUGAGUACCACCAGCAAAGUCAACAGGACCUUACUUCAUAGUAUUCAAGCACAUUUUAAAUGCUGUGGGGUCAUUGAAGGCUACAAAGACUGGGGCACAGCCAUCCCUGCUUCGUGUCAUUGUCAGUCGCCAGGAAAAUGCAUACGACUGCGAGGCAGCGCAACUCUAGGGGCUCCAAAGAACCAAUAUGUCUAUCAAGAGGCUUGCCUUCCAAUCUAUGUCUCGGCAUUGAAGCGAGCAUUUUCAUUGGCCAUGGGGAUUAAAUUUGGAAGUGGGGUUUUCUGGGUAGGUCUAUUUUUGUUUUCUCAAUCACUUUCCUCCCUUAUCGAAGCAAUAAUAUGCACAUUUUUAUUUCACAAGGCGGUUCUGCUGGUGAUGAGUCUAAAGCUGAUGGUGCAGAUGAAGCGCAAACAGGAGUUCAUGGCCCUGCUCCAUUCCAAUCGAUACGUCCCCGGUGCCUUCUAGUCAUCGUGCGGCGAACCUUUGUUGAAUUUGCACAUGUACAACACAAUAUGCUGUAUACCAUUAAUAAUCAGGCCAUCAUUUGAAUAUUACUUCAAAUGCAUGUAAACAAGACAUGUAACCCACAUGCAUUUUGCCUAUAAACAUUUAUCCAAUACAAUUAUGAUCUGUAUGAUUAUCUUAGUGGGUGUUAACCAGCAUACUAUCCCAGCAUGCACUGGGGGGGAAUAACAUUUCCACACAAACCUGGAAAGGCAGGUAUUAAUAUAUCAUAGAAAUCUUUAUGUAUGGAGCACAGUGUUUGUUAUUUAAUCAGACAGGUUUGAAUGGCAUUAAAACAGAAAUGACAGAGAAUGUUACCACACAUUGUAUACACUGGAAACCUCAGUUUGUAUCAAAGCACAUUUAUGGAGUCGUAAAGCUUUUUUUUAUUAUUAUUAUUUAUUUCAUCCAUUUUAUUUGAAGGGCAAAAUGAGUGUACUUCAUGCAUUUUUUUUCCAAACUGUGUCCAAUGAAUAUGUAAUGGCAUCAGUUAUGUAAUAUACUUGAUUGUAAAUAGAGGAAAUAAAAUGUAAGAAUUGUUGCUUUA